AGAAAGGGAGAAACAGAGCGGAAGAGAACGUUGAAGGAAAGGAGGGAUCAUGUCGUUCCUGUGGGAGAAAAGCCAGACAUGGCGAUGGGUAGUUCGCAAAACUAGGGAUUCGAAGCCGUUCUUCAUAGCCUUUGCUACAGUGUGCGGAGUAGUCCCUGGCGUUAUCGGCUAUUGUGUCAUGCAACUCACCAAUACCCACAAUGAACAGCUCGAAGCUCAGCUCCGCAAGACCGCUAGGCCCGAGUCCAUGAUGAUGGGGCAAGUUAACAAGGAGAGGCUGGCUGAAUUUCUCGGGGAGCUGCAGCGGAAAGAGGACACAAAUGACCGAUAUGUAGCUGCUCUAAGAGGAGAGACAUUGACUAGAAACCCUUAUGUGAGGAUUCAACCAAUGCCAAAGCCAAGUAGCACUGAAGCUGGUAAAGAUUCAAAGUCUCAGUAGCUGAACAAGGUUGGAAUGUGUCUUGGAGGUGUUUAUCUAUGUGACACCAGACUUUAUAGUUUGCUUUUGAUACUAAAUGUUAUGCAACGAAGGUGUUGGAUUUAGGCUGUUGGACUUGUUUCACACUUCACAGUAGUUCUAUAUAGACUUAUUAUUUUUUUAUUCUCUCAAGUUGAGCUUGCUUCCUUUGGUUUCCAGUUCAUUUCAUGGAUCAGAGAAAUUCGGAGAUUUUUUUUUUUCUUUUUGGUGAACAUUCUAUUCAUGUUAUCUAAACAUAAAGCAGUCAUUGCAAUUUGUAAUCCUACUAAUCCAAGUGCACUUGAGGUAUUUGAAGGGCUUGAUAUAAUGUCAAUUAGAUACUGUUGUUGUC